UGGCCGAGCACCUCAUCGCCCAGCACAGCGCCAUCAAGAUGCUGCACAGCCGGGUGAAGCUGAUCCUGGAGUACGUGCGGGCCUCCGAGGCAGGCGAGGUGCCCUUCAACCACGAGAUCCUGCGUGAAGCCUAUGCCCUGUGCCACUGCUUGCCCGUCCUCAGCACCGACAAGUUCAAGACCGACUUCUACGAUCAAUGCAACGACGUGGGGCUGAUGGCCUACCUGGGCACCAUCACCAAGACCUGCAACACCAUGAACCAGUUCGUCAACAAGUUCAACAUCCUCUAUGACCGGCAGGGCAUCGGCCGCCGCCUGCGGGGGCCCCUCUUCUUUGGGGGGGGGGACAGGACACUGGGGACCCCCUAA